CCAGACAGACAGUCAGACAGGCCGAGUGUCACGAAGCGCUCCUGCUGCUGCUCCAGUGAUGGGAGAGGAGGAGAGGGAGGGAGGGACUGAAAGAAGAAGAGAGAGAGAGAGAGAGGGAGAGAGGGAGAGAGGGAGGAGCCAGGCUGUCAAGGUGAACCGAUAAACCUCUCUUUUCAUUCUCCCUGACUUCCAAACCACGAAGCGCAGCUCCCGGCAGCACCGCGCGGGGAGAGGAGACGAUCUGCCCGGAGCCGCCGGCGGAGCGUCCGCGGACACAGACAGGGAGCGGAGGAAGCAGGAAAAGUGUCUUUAUCCCUCAUGUUUUCUUUUGGUUUUUUAAUAUAUCUUUUCUUUUUUUUUUUUUUUUUUCUUUUUCUUCUUGGACGUAAAGUUAAAUGGCACGGAGUGUGUGGAGUGCGUCAUCUGCGUCUAGAAACGGCUGAGGAAUUAAAGAGCAGCGUGAGGCCGAGGAGUCCCGCCGGGAUCUGAGAGGGAGGAAUUCGGCGUCCUGGCGGCGUAGACGGACCCCCGACUCCGACCCCCCGCGGCCCUAAAGGGACCAGCUGUUUGACUUCACGUGGAGGACCCGGUCCGACGAGGACUCACACAUCAUCUCUGGGGUUUUCGGCGCUUCUGAUUGGACGACGCCUCAGCUCAUGUGACCCACAGGCCUUUGCUCCUCCAAACUCCCAACUUACUCCUUUUUUUAUUAUUAUUUUUAUUUCCUCUUGUCUCCCGGACCAAAGUUCUGCCUCCAACGCCAGGUGACGAUGCCGGCACAGUUUUAUUUUCCAUCAGAAAAGAGGAAAAAGUUUCCCGCCUCUGUACCUUUAUCAGCCUUUAAAGGAAACUGAGCGGCUGGAUUAUUGAGGGGAGGUCCGGUUGGAGCCUUCUGGAGAAUUUAAGCGCUCAUUUCCUGCCGCUGAAGCUCCGGGGGACGGUGCAGAGUUCAUCUGCAGUCCUGAGGAAUAACAGUGUGUGUCCGUCAGUCUGUGAAACUGUGUGUUUCUAACAGGAGUCGAGACAUUUCCAUUUAAAUGAGAAGAACGGAGCUGAUUUUCUAAAACAUCAGGACGAAUGGACGAGGUUUUGAAAACAGAAAGGAAGUUAGUUUUUUAUAUUUUUAAAAUACCAGAUUUUUGACCUUUAAGUAACUUUGAAAUAUGAAGCUGAAACUAAAUUAAUGUCAACUUGAAAAACCACAAAGAUUUCCCUUUAACUUCUGUCAUGUAUUUUGGUGAAUCUGUUGCUGCAGCAAAUUAAGUUCCUCAUUUGGACAGAAAUCUUUUCUUUUUUACAUCUAAUCUCUGUUUAAAGUGUUAAAUUCAUUUAUGUGUAAACCAGGUGGACAGAGACUAACGAGCCACUGCUGCUGUUUCCAAGGCAAUGAACCGCUUCAUUACCUUUUGGCAUUCAUGAAAUUAAUUAUUAUUUAAUGAGUUUAAUGCACGUUUUAUAGAAGAUGUUGCUUUUUUUAUUGACUUCCAGAUCUUCACCAACACCACCAAGGCUGUAACUGCACAAUGUUCAGUAUUCAGACAUGUUUCCAGCUUCUACUGAAUAUUACUGGAUUUCUUUAACUCACCAACUGUCAGUGUGAGCUGUUUUUAAUUAUAUCAUCGUCGUUUUUUUCUUCAGGCGUCAGGAACCCUCUUCAUCGAGUCGUUUCAUCAAAAAAAACAUUUGAAUGUCUGUUUAAAUUUGUGAAGUGUCGAGUUUAAGAGCUGCCGUCUUGAAAGAAAAACCUGUCACCGAGCACGGUUAUUAUUUCAGAAUCACAGCUUCAGCUGAUUUAAAUUCAUCAGUAUUCAAGUGGAGUGACGGCUGUUCGUUCCCACCUCGGAUUAUUUUCACUGAAUGUAAUAAAUGUGCCUGAGUUUAGCUUUUUGACCCUGGAGAGACGAACCAUUAGUCUCACAGCGACAGCAGGACCUCACCUGUAACCCCACCUGAAAUCACCGACCUCAGGGGGGAGGGGGACUCGCUGCCCGUCCCCUCACUGCCAUGGUGAUGUCGCAGGGCACCUACACCUUCCUGGCCUGUUUCGCCGGCUUCUGGUUGGUCUGGGCGUUCAUCGUCAUGCUGUGCUGCUUCUGCAGCUUCCUGCAGCGCCGGCUGAAGCGCCGCCGCGAGGAGCGGCUCAGGGAGCAGUGUCUGCGGACGGUAGAGAUGGAGCCGCUCGGCUGUCAACCAGCAGGAUACCUGCCUCCUCCUCCUCCGCCGCCGCCGCCGCCACCUCCGCAGCUGCCCAGGGAGCCGCCGCAGUUCUGCCCUCCUCGCACCCUGUCGCCGCCACUUCCUGUGCUGGUUCCUCAUCCCAUGCCGCAAGCAACCUGGGUCAGCAUGCCAGAUGCAGAUGUAUUUGGGAAGCCGCCCUGCUAUGAGGAGGCCGUCCUGAUGGAGGAUCCUCCUCCGCCCUACAGCGAGGUCUUGGCCGACCCACGGGGGGGCACCUACCUGAAGCCUGCCCCGCUCCGAGCAGCGCCGCCGCCCCUCAGGGAACACCAGGACCCUGCUCCGGUGUUCACGUCCGAGACCAGCAAGCUUCCUGCGGCGACGGUGUUCCCCGAUCGGGGUUACUCCUCCCUGAUACGCCUGCCCUCGUCCCAGCGCUGGGACUCCCUGGGUCACCUCCUGUCCAACAUGGACCUGCACCACAACAACUUCACCCCGCCGGGGGGCCGCUCCCUGCAGGCUGCCGCGGCGAUGGCUACCAUGCCGCGGCGGGAGGCCAGGACUCACCAUGAUGGACUUGGGCUCAGGGGUGGAAUACAGGGACUCCAAGGGGGGAUACAAGGACUCCAAGGGGAGAUACAGGGAUUCCAUGGAGGGUUACCGGGGCUUCAGGGGGUGCAUGGACUGAGGGGACUGGAGCCCAGCUGUGGCCUGCCAACGGCCUUCCCCCUGCUGGGUCGGAGCACCGCUGUCUAGGCGCGGAUGCCGACUAACCAACCAAUAAGUUGACGAGCCUUUUAAGCGGGAGAUCUUUAAAGACAGACUUCCUGUCUGUGCGCCUCCUUUCAUGCUCAGUGUUUACACGCUAGCGCCGGUAGAAGUAGAGAUUUAAUUCCCUAGAGGAGCUGAAAGAGGGUGAAAGUGGCGUCAAAGGCGUCACAAGUUCAAUUCCCCCGUGCGGCUCUGUGGGCGAAAGGGGAGCCACUUACUCUUGCUGGGAUUGUGGCUCUCAGCUAAAAGAGGAAAUUACACACGGUUUCAAAGCGGUGUUGUUGAGUCAGUGAGGUAUCGUGGUGUCAUAUCAGAGUUAAUUGAGUCGAGGCAGCGGAGGAGGAGAGGGAAAAAAAAAAACUGGGAAGGUAGAGGACGAGCAACAAACGAGCAACAGCUGCUUCUAUCUCCAUCUUUGCCUCCCCUCGCUCUCUCGUUCUCUUCAUUCCUCCUCUCCUCUCUCUGCGCCGGAGCAACCUAUUGUACCAGUCUCUUGUUGCCAUGGCUCCCGGGAGCUGUCUGUUGCCCACGACGACCUCUCCUCUUUUAUCUGCUCUGAUUUUUUUUUGAAGACUGUGUUUGCAGCUUGCCUCUUCACAGGGACUGCGAGUAUUGACACGUACAAAAGAACACGUGGUGACCGCCGACCGCCGACCGCCGCGUUCCUGACAUCAGACCCGGAGGCCUGUUUUUUUUUUCUGACGGGCAAAAACAGCUGUAAUGGUAGAGUACGACGAGCCUGCCAGGAUUUCAUUUGGUUAACACGCUGCUUUGUCAUUUUCAGUGUCGUCUUUAACUGUCGUAGUUUGGCCUCGGCCUGGAGCUUCUGGGUGAUCGCAGGACGGCGUUAGCCGGAUCAUCCAUGUCAUCAUCAUCAUCAUCAUCAUCAUCCAAAAACCUGACUUUUUUUUCACGUACAAAUUUAAUAUCAUUCUUUUAAGCUUUGUGACAAAAGCCUUUUUCUCUUGUGAAAUAAAAACAUCUUCACCUGCAAAGUUUCUGCCAAUAAUUUAUGGAGUUAAAAAAAAAAAAAGGCAAAAUAAAACAAAUAAAACUUU